UGAUUAAUUCCCAAAGCAUCGGGACACAUCGCCUCAUUCGGUCGUUCCACACAACAGAGGAAACAAAUCGAAAACUGAAGUGAAAAAGGGAGGAGAUCAGUGAAAAUAAAGAAAAGAGCUCACGAGCACGACGAAGAUGUUGAGGGUUGCAGCAAAGAGGUUCUCUUCUCUGUCUUCGUCUUCAUGGAGAGCUAACCAUGCUGCCUCUGCUUUCGUCUCUCGGAACCCCAUCGCCCCUCACUAUGACUCCCACGAUCGCGGAUCCGCUCCCCAACCCCAAUUCUUUCUCCCAUUCCGAGGUUUUGCUACUGGAUUGCCAGUCCAUACAAAAGAAAACAGCAUUAUUCCUGAAAUUCCAGCAACUGUCGCUGCUGUCAAAAACCCUUCCUCUAAGAUUGUAUAUGAUGAACACAAUCAUGAACGAUAUCCUCCUGGUGACCCAAGCAAGAGGGCAUUUGCCUACUUUGUCCUAACAGGUGGUAGAUUUGUCUAUGCCUCACUUGUCCGUCUCCUUAUCCUCAAGUUUGUGCUCAGUAUGUCAGCCAGUAAGGAUGUUCUUGCUCUGGCUUCACUUGAAGUUGAUCUCUCCAGCAUUGAGCCAGGCACCACUGUGACUGUUAAGUGGCGUGGAAAGCCUGUGUUCAUUAGGCGCAGAACAGAAGAUGAUAUUAAGCUGGCAAACAGUGUUGAUGUUGGAUCUCUUCGCGAUCCCCAGCAGGAUGCGGAGAGAGUCAAGAACCCCGAGUGGCUCAUUGUGAUUGGGGUUUGCACACAUUUGGGUUGUAUCCCCUUGCCAAAUGCUGGUGACUUUGGUGGUUGGUUUUGCCCUUGCCAUGGCUCACAUUAUGAUAUUUCUGGCAGAAUUAGGAAGGGACCAGCGCCAUACAAUCUGGAGGUACCAACUUAUACCUUCUUGGAAGAGAACAAGUUGCUAAUUGGUUGAAAGACGCAGGAAACUAACUACCUGCUGCACCGGGUUACAAUUGUUUCAUUUCAAUUUAUUCGAUAAUGUCGAAACACGGCGUCGGCAUCUCUUGCUCUUGAGUGCUUAUUUGGUUUGUUUAACAAGUGUUUAUGCAGCUCAGAAAUUUAACUGUUUCUGUUUGCGUGACCUAUAUGACUAUGUCAAUAAUCGCCUGCCUUUUUGCUUGUUGACAUUGUUUGUCAUACGCUUUCAUUAGUUGAUGACUUCAGGCGUAUUGUAUAAUUAUAGCAAUGAUACUUUUAGAUGAUCUAGAAAUAAAAUUCUGCUGAAGCAGUGAAAUUCAAGGAA